UAUGAAUCAUUGAUGGAAAGGUAACUGCUGACGUGUAGGGUGUAUGAUAUGAUGACACAAAUCCGUAUUCUCCCUCCUCGACCGUGCUGGUGGGUGAUGCGGAGAGCGAAAAAUCCUAUUGGUUAAUGCCCUCGUUUUAUUCAAGUUUCGCGGCAAUGCGUAACUCUUUAUCUCUUUCCGUGUAAACCCUGCCACUCUCGUUUUCCUCUUCUUCCAUCGUGCUUCAGCGGGAAUCGGAACCCUAUGAGAGCCGGCUCAAUGGCACCAACAAGGAAAUCUAGAAGUGUUAAUAAGCGGAUUUCAAGUUCAAAUGAUGUUUCUCCUGAGAAAGAUGGAGUUAAUUCAAAUAAAAACAAGCAACGGAAGAAAAAGUUGACUGAUAAACUGGGAUCUCAGUGGAGCAAGGAGGAACUAGAGCGAUUCUAUGAAGCAUAUAGAAUGUAUGGGAAAGACUGGAAGAAGGUGGCUGGUGUUGUACGAAAUAGAACCACUGAAAUGGUAGAAGCUCUUUACAAUAUGAAUCGGGCAUACCUCUCUCUGCCAGAGGGCACGGCUUCUGUUGUUGGCCUCAUAGCAAUGAUGACUGAUCACUACAAUGUGCUGGAAGAGAGCGACAGUGAAAUGGAGAGCAAUGAUGCACUAGGAUCUCGGAAAUUUGUAAAACGAAAGCGGGAAAAAGUUCAGCUUAGUGUCUCUAAAGAUCAGUCUCAUUCAAUUGCUGCCAGUGAUGGUUGCCUCUCUUUACUGAAGAAGAGACGCUUAGAUGGUAUUGUGCCUCAUGCUGUUGGUAAACGGACUCCUCGUGUUCCAGUUUCUUAUUCUUAUAAGAAGGAUUAUACAGAAAAUUAUGUUUCGCCUUAUAGAAGAAGCCUAAAGUCAACUACUGAUGCUAAUGAUGAUGAAGUUGCACAUGUGGUAGCUUUGGCCUUAACCGAGGCUGCACAAAGAGGAGGAUCUCCCCAAGUUUCUCAAUCAACAUGUAGAAGAGCAGAGCCAAAACCCUCACCUGUCCUUCGUUGGGAAAGAAAGCAGCAACUGUCAGAGACAGCUCGUGCCAAGUUACACAAUCUUUCAGUGGAUGAAGAGUUAUUAGACGGUAGUAUAGAAAGCAGGGGAGCUGACAAUGGAGAAUAUGCAAGAGAUAAUAGUUCAUUGAUGGAUAUGGAAGGCACAGGAACAGUUGAAGUUCUUCAGAAGGGGGGGAAAUUUUACAGAAAGAAAGAGAGAGUGAAAAACGUGGGAAACCAUCAGCUUGAUGAUGGUGGGGAAGCAUGUAGUGGCACUGAAGAAGGGCUUAGUUGCUCACUAAAGGAAAUGGUUGAUAUUGAGGUUACUAAUGAAAAGCUUGAAAAAAUCUCUCCAAAAGGUGGGAGGAAACGAAACAAGAAACUCUUCUUUGGAGAUGAAACCCCUGCGUUGAAUGCGUUGCAAACUUUGGCAGACCUGUCUCUAAUGAUGCCAAUAUCUACAAUAGAUUCUGAAUCAUCUAUCCAAUUGAAGGGAGACAGGAUUUCUGCUGAUAAAGAUAGUAAGUCCGCUCUACCUGAAGAAACAUUAACAAGCCAUAAGAGACAUAAACUUAAACACAGUGUAGUGCCUGAAAUUGAGGUUUCAACCUCCAAAAAGUCCAAGCUUGGAAAGGAAUCAACAAAGGACACGAACGUGCUUUCUGAAUCAAAAGAACAACUUCCUUUUGCUGAUACAACAUGGAAAAGAAAGCGGAAGUCUGUGGUUUCCAAGGUUGCAAAUGCAAAGCUUGAUUCUUGUCCAAGUGGUCCCUUGAAAGAUGAGGCUUUAGAUGAUGAGAAAAAACCAGUAGUUAAAGGAAAACAUGGUGAUCAGGUUUUUACCCUACCAAAGCAAUUGAAGACCGUUAAAUCAUCAGAGAGUUCCUUGUGUAUUGAUCAGAAAGAGACAGUACCAACAGAAAUUCCACUUUUGAACGAAGUUAGUUUACCAACUAAACGAAGUAGGCGGAAGAUGAAUUUACAGAGAACUUCCUCUGCUAAGCAAAAGUCUUCUGAUUUCAUAUUGAAAAGUCAAGCUAACAAGCACACUGAUUUAAAGGAAAAGCUUUCCAGUUGCUUGUCAUCUAAUAUGGUUCGCAGAUGGUUUAUUUUUGAAUGGUUUUAUAGUGCAAUUGAUUAUCCAUGGUUUGCCAAAAGGGAAUUGAUGGAAUACUUAAAUCAUGUUGGACUAGGGAAUAUCCCAAGGUUAACUCGUGUUGAGUGGAGUGUUGUAAGAGGUUCCCUUGGAAAACCUCGGCGGCUUUCUGAACAUUUUCUUCAUGAUGAAAGGCAAAAACUUGCAGAGUAUCGGGAAUCAGUGAGAAAGCAUUAUGCUGAACUGCGAACUGGUAUUAGGGAUGGACUUCCAACUGAUUUAGCUAGACCAUUAUGUGUUGGGCAGAGAGUAAUUGCUAUUCAUCCAAAAACAAGAGAGAUUCAUGAUGGUAGCGUGCUUACUGUUGAUUAUGACAAGUGCAGGAUUCAGUUUGACCGUCCUGAAUUAGGUGUUGAGUUUGUAAUGGACAUUGAUUGUAUGCCUUUCAAUCCAUUAGAUAAUAUGCCAGAAGCUCUGAGGAGGCAUAUUGAUGACAGAAAAGGAUCUUUUAUCCCUAUAGAGCCACAUAUUAAUGGAAAUUCAAAUUUUGGGGGGUGCGAAAAUCAUUCCUCACCUUUGAAGGUACAUACUUCAUCAAGUGCUUUAGUAAUGCAUGGAAAGGCUACGGUUGCUACCAUGGAUAACUUCUGUGCACAAGCAGGUUGUGUUCAACCAUGUAAAGUAACACACCAUCAAGCUAGGGAAGCUGACAUACAUGCACUUUCUGAACUAAAGCGAGCUCUAGAUAAAAAGGAGACAUUGUUGAUGGAGCUUCGAAGUUCAAAUAGCGAUAUAUUGGAAAACCAAAAUGGCAUAGAAUGCUUAAACGAUUCUGAGGUUUUCAAGAAGCAUUAUGCCACGGUACUGGUAGAGCUAAAGGAAGCCAGUGGGCAGGUUUCUGAUGCAAUGUUACAACUGAGGCAGCGCAAUACCUACAGAGGAAACUCUCUGCCACCAUGGAUGAAGCCACAAACAGGUUUUAGUGUUCAUGAUGAUCUUCCCAGUAUGUUGGAUGGUUCUCUUACACAAGAGCUUGGGUCAACUGUUGUUCAAAUUAUUAAAGGAUCCAGGUCAAGGGCACAUGCAAUGGUAGAUGCCGCAUUUAAGGCUUUGUCUUUGACAAAGGAAGGUGAAGAUGCGUUCGUGAAGAUUGGGCAAGCUUUGGAUUCUAUUAAUCAUCAGCAAUUGGCCUCCAAGUCUAGAUUACCUGUGAUCAGGUCUCAAGAGCAAGUGAACACAAAUGGCAGUUUUUGUCAUGUUAAUAAUUCAACUUGCAGUGUAUCAGAGUCUAUAAUUAACGAUCCAUCUGGUGCAAAAGUACAUAAUUAUUCUGACAAAUUUGAUACUGAACUUCCGUCAGAUCUUAUCACUUCAUGUGUUGCUACAUUAAUCAUGAUUCAGACUUGUACUGAACGGCAAUACCCUCCAGCUGAUGUGGCUCAGAUAUUAGAUUCUGCAGUUAGCAGCCUGCAUCCAUGCUGUCCUCAAAACCUUCCUAUUUAUAGAGAAAUUCAAAUGUGCAUGGGAAGAAUCAAAACACAGAUUUUAGCUUUGAUCCCUACUUGAUUUGUAUCGAAUGUAGCUGCUGUACAUAUGAUCUGAAAUAUAGUUCAGAUCACAUACGGGCACCUUGCCCACUUUCUCAUGUCUUUUUAUUAAGCUACAAUAAUUUCUUUUACUCCACACCAAUAGGUCAAAUGGUGGUAGUAGAAAUCAUGCAAUUCACUGCCCUGUCAUUUUAAUCUUGUGUCAAAUGCUGCUUCUUAAUAAAAAAUAUUCAAUAAAAAU